AUGGCGGUGGCUAGACACAAUGCUAGUAAGCACCCCAUUGAUGCCAUUUUUGCUUCUGAGAACUUGUGUCAUGGUGCUGUUUCUCAGGAGCUGCCGUGCAUGGGUGGAGACCAUUCUACUGCCCAAACCAUCUUUAAUCUCCGGGUGACCAAGUGUGGCCGCCCGCUCAUGCGGUUCGCUAAGCCUCGAAAAACCUCUCAUCAGGACUCUCCGGAGCCUGUUGAGUGGAAUGAUGUUGCUGUUUCGAAUCAACGCUGGAGCGAAGCUCUAAAAGACCCCGAAACGGCCUUUAAAAUGUGGGCUUCCGAUGCCGAGCAAUGGCUGGUGAAAUCUGGUUUGUUGCAGGAUCAACGUCCCGAAAAAACCUUGGCCGAAAGCCCCAAACUGCUCUCUGGAGCUCACCGCAUGGGAUCCCUUCAGAGCCUUGCUGAAAGACAAAUCCGAAGGUUGUUGCGAAGACUGCAGGAAGCUCAUUUUUUACAACUCCAAGGACGACCAGUUCCCACACCCCUGCGAAACAGGUUGAUUUGCACUGGGUCUGUGCCUCAAGCUGAGCGUGAUGCCAUCAAACGCGGGGCGUGGGGACUGGCCAUCAAACUCGUUACUGAGCGUUUACGUCUGAUUCAGACCAACGCCAAGAACCAAAGAGUUUCUGAGUGGAAGAAAUUCGUGCAUACCAUCCCUGGGGCAUGCAGGCGGGUACAACGCGAAUCUCCCAAGCCCAUGGUCAUUGAAGUUGGUGGUGGCAAUGUGGUUACCUCCCCUGUUCAAGCUGUGGAGUUUCUCUCGCAGGCUUGGGGCGAGACAUUCGGUUGUAACACCCCCCAGGUUGAUGUCCAAACAUUCGUGAACCAUUUCCCGAAUUCUAUGCCGGAUGCUCAGGAUCCACCUAACUUGCCGACCAUCAAUUGUCGUGAUGUCAAAAAAGCUGCCAUGGACAUGUCUUCCAAAGCUGCGGGGCCUGACGGAUGGGAAGCUAGGUGGAUCGCUGAGCUUCCUCAACCGGCCUUAAUUCGACUGGCUCAGCUCUAUGCCUUGUGUGAAACAAAAGGGGGCAUUCCUCAGGGUGACGGUUGGUCUCCUAUUGCGUUGUCCUUGGUCUUGUCUGUUGUCCAACGGUACCAAACUCGCCACGUCCCGUGUGCCAAAACUUUGUUGUAUAUCGACGACCGUACUAUCCUUGCGCGCAACAUGCAGGAUCUCACAAAUGCACUUCACCUCUGGCAACGGCUGGAGGAUGUUACGCGCAUGCGCACUAAUGCUCGCAAAACCCAGCCCAUCGCGCGCUCGGGGGAUGCGUACGAAUCUCUCAAACAGCAGGGUUGGGAGGCUCUUCGGGUGGGGACUGUGCUUGGGGUCUCUCUCGGCAUGUUUCCUCGGUCUCCUACUCUAAAUGAAACUAAACGUGCUGAUGGUCUCGCUACCAUUGCUCGGCGCAUCGGUGUGCUCCCCGUCACGCGUAAAUUUCGCGCACUGCUUGCUUCUCUCGUCUUGACCAGUAAAGCGUCCUGGGGCUGGGUUCUCAAUGGACUUCGGUUGCCCUUCGCUGGUCGCGUCCCCGAGCUAGGGAGGGCCAAAGAGCGGGGCCACUGCGGCCGGGAAAAAGGCUGGCUAGCUGUGCUGUUGCUGUCUCUCGACUUCGAUCGUCGUUCGGUCGGUGACAACACGUCACAUUUCGACAUUAGCCCGCUCUGGGCUCCCAACAGCUCGGCCGCGGUGGGAGCUAUGGCGACGUUUUGGCUUGCAGGUGGACCAAGGUUCAGUUCGGACGUGGCGGGCACUAAGGAUUCUGUUCCUCUGUGUUUGCAACUCAAGGAUCAACACUAUCAGAUUUUGGUCCCUUCCGAUCAAGGUAAGGUCCCCUCCAACUGGUUAAAAGAAACCUCCAUGUGGUCAUUGACCUUCGAGGUCUCCUGCCCCGGUGUCUCCAAACCUUGGAAACUCCGCGCCAGGCGCUGGUACGCCUUCGGUUCACACGACUCUCCGGAGCCUGUUGAGUGGAAUGAUGUUGCUGUUUCGAAUCAACGCUGGAGCGAAGCUCUAAAAGACCCCGAAACGGCCUUUAAAAUGUGGGCUUCCGAUGCCGAGCAAUGGCUGGUGAAAUCUGGUUUGUUGCAGGAUGAGCUCACCGCAUGGGAUCCCUUCAGACGACCAGUUCCCACACCCCUGCGAAACAGCUUGAUUUGCACUGGGUUUGUGCCUCAAGCUGAGCGUGAUGCCAUCAAACGCGGGGCGUGGGGACUGGCCAUCAAACUCGUUACUGAGCGUUUACGUCUGAUUCAGACCAACGCCAAGAACCAAAGAGUUUCUGAGUGGAAGGAAUUCGUGCAUACCAUCCCUGGAGCAUGCAGGCGGGUACAACGCGAAUCUCCCAAGCCCAUGGUCAUUGAAGUUGGUGGUGGCAAUGUGGUUACCUCCCCUGUUCAAGCUGUGGAGUUUCUCUCGCAGGAUCUCACAAAUGCACUUCACCUCUGGCAACGGCUGGAGGAUGUUACGCGCAUGCGCACUAAUGCUCGCAAAACCCAGCCCAUCGCGCGCUCGGGGGAUGCGUACGAAUCUCUCAAACAGCAGGGUUGGGAGGCUCUUCGGGUGGGGACUGUGCUUGGGGUCUCUCUCGGCAUGUUUCCUCGGUCUCCUACUCUAAAUGAAACUAAACGUGCUGAUGGUCUCGCUACCAUUGCUCGGCGCAUCGGUGUGCUCCCCGUCACGCGUAAAUUUCGCGCACUGCUUGCUUCUCUCGUCUUGACCAGUUAA